AGAUUCCACAAGCGCUCGCAUUGACUCCCUUUGCAACAAUGCAAGGUCUCCAGAUGUGGAUGGCUGGUGUUUUACAUAGGACCUGCUAUGGGGAAACUACAAUAGCAAAGCGUCUUCGUUGUGGACGUGUGGCGUUUUGAUUUAAAUAGGGACGCGACGGUCGACAGAACUUCCGCUUUCAAUCUGCAUCUCCAACAACCAAACCUCUCUCGCGUUAAUAUGCAAACAUCCCACUCAAACGUCCAUUCAUCAGCAGGCUCACAUAUUCUACAGAACAUCCAGGGGCAUGUAGUCGGGCAACAGGUCACAAACCAACACGGUGUCAGCUAUCGUCACCAGCAGCUCGUCGAAGACAAGGUCACGAUUAUGCACUUGCCCACGGAAAUCCUCGCCCAAAUUUUCCUGUGCUGCAUCCCAGAAGACAGUGACCGGACGCCCGCGCCACAUCUGGAUCCCAGGCUCUUGACCACAGUAUGUCGACGAUGGCGGGAGAUCGCAUUGGACAUGCCGAGUCUAUGGCGCAAGCUGCGAUUGGAAGUCGGGCGCGGUAACUGGCAGCAGAGAGCUUUCUGCUAUGACACUUACCUCAAGCGAUCACGAGGACGUCAGCUGUCGUUGACACUCGAGUGUCAUAACGAUGACGGGAAAGAGCUACGAAGCCUGCUCCAGCCAUACGUCAAUCAAAUUUCGUCUCUGUCUUUUGGGUUAUCCUUCGGUGCCAGCUCCUGUCCAGUGGUGGCGGCGGACUUUGGGGGACUUGAGAAACUGGUUAUGUACACGACGGGUUCUAAUCCUGCACUAACUAUCGCCCACUCGGUCGCCCACUCUAUCACGCAACUGCCACCCAGCAUGCGCACUCUCAAGUUAACGGACCUAUGGCUUGACCUCAAAAUGUUAUCUGGUUUCAAUCCUCUCGCAUGGGUCAAUCUCACGAAUCUCGAGAUCGUGGUAGACGCACUAAAUUGCUUCCCCUGCUUGCUCCGCCUGUGUCCCAACCUCUCGUCAUUGACGAUAAUUGGAAUGUUUUCGUCGGUGAUCGAGACCCCGGAAGAAUUGCCGCACUCCAAACUUCAAUCCUUGCGCAUAUCUGGCGAUUUGCAUCUGGACUGGAUGGGAAGUCUCGUGUUAUUCGAUUUCAUCACUCUCCCCAAUCUACGCGCGAUCGAGGCUCGCGAUGUAGGACCAUGGCCUCAUGAGGCGUUCAAGGGAUUUUUGACACGAUCACGGUGUCCCCUCGAGAGUUUGAUUUUUGGCGGUGGAGUAAUAACUACGCGUCAGCAGCUAGAAGAAUACGGUACCCUUUUUCCUUCCCUCUCAGUAGUAACAGAUCCUAUGCGUUGCUCGUUUUACUUUUAACUUGGAUAGACUCGGACAGUCGUUUUGUACUACGUAGUUGAUGACAUGAUGAUAACGAGAUUAUGCUGUAGCCCAUACUUACCCUUCGCCAACCC